CAAAAACCUAGCGUCGCCCACCGCCGUCAACGCCCUCAUCCUGUUUUCCCCUCGGCCGCUGCCUUGCUCACCAUUAUUCGGACCCUCUACCGCGCUCCCACCGAAACACCCACUGUCCCCACGAGCAACCGCUUCGCGCCGCAACCAACCUGUCAGAAUCACAAACCGUACAAGUCAACCUCGUACAUGUGACAGGACCACUCUUUCGACGAAUUGCAUGUGCCGCGGCCCCGCGGCAACCCGCCUCCACAACUCUGGGUGCACCCACGACGAUGAAUGGCAACAUCUGACCAGCCAUAACCACUAGACGGUCAUAGCAAACAGCUUGCGAGUCUCGACAAUGCUUCUCUACACCAAGCUGGCACCACCAAAGGUGCCCAAACGCCGCUCCAGGGCCGGCUGUACAUCAUGCAAGGAGAAAAAGAAGAAGUGCGACGAGACGCGGCCACAGUGCGCGAGAUGCGCAGAGCGAGGACUCGACUGUGCCUAUGAAGCAGUCAAGCCACGGCAGCGGAAGCAGCGCGACUCGAUUGGGAGCCUGGCGGAUUUCGUCCAUGCUGCUGAAUACAGAAGGUCGUAUCGGACGUCCGACCUCCUCGAACACGCAGACAGCGAACGUUACGAUGACGGCUACCACGACCUGUCCGUGGCAGACGAGGACGUGGAGGAUAUCAGCAUCGACGACAUCUACACGACCGAUGAUAUGCUCCUCUCGCCCACAAGCCCGCUGGGUUUCGACGGCGUGUGGACAGAUAAUCACAGCCUUGUCCCAUUCAAAAUGCGCCGAGAAUCCACGGCCAGUGUCAUGUCCAUCCCCAGAUCCAAACAGCCAGACCUGGCGAUGAUAGCGCCAUGUCCGGCAGGGUCGCCAAGGCUCGAGUUCUGCAUGCCCGCGUUCCAGGAAUUCUCCGACAAGCGAAACCGCCGCCAACUUGUCGAUCACUUUUGCAACGUUCUCUCCCACUUGAUUGUGUUCCGGGAGGAGUCUGGAAAUCCAUUCCAGCAGCUAGUCCUGCCAUUAUCCUAUAACAGCGGACCAGUGCAAAAUGCCAUCUUUGCACUCGCCAGUGCGCAUCUGGAAUACCGAGGCGUCCAAAACGACGAAAAGUCCAUCUACUUCCACAACAAGGCGAUUCAGGGGCUGGCUCAACUCAUCGAGGUUGGGACGUCGGUCGACAAAAAUCAUAUUCUCGCUGCUAUCAUGCUGCUUGUAUACUAUGAAGUGCUUGUCCAACGUGGACGUUCGAGCAUAGUCGAUGGGCACCUGAGGGGCGCGUUGACCAUCAUGUCCACUGCGACGGAUCAGAACGAUGCUACUGGCUUGUUCCUUGAACGGGCAUUCCGGUUCUACGAUGUAAUCACAGCCUUGUCGCUCGGAACAGCUCCUCUUUCUACCGCGCCCGCCGCCGGUUGCCUGCUCCCUUUCCCGCCGAUGAAUGCUGCUCCUGCAUCUCCGCUCCACAACGUGGACACACUUCUCGGCAUGGCGACGACACUGUGGCCCGUCAUGCAUCGCCUGUCCAGCCUGCUCUCACUCCGCGCCGAGCUCGAGAACGCCAAGCAGACCAACCAGACAUCAAAAGCAGCGGUGCUGCGCAGCGAGUACGACGAGACAUCGCAAGCGAUCGAGGUGGCCUUGACGCAGUGGCAGCCCUGCCUGCCGCCAAAGGUCGUUCUUACCGUCGGGACCAGCGGCGACGGGGAGGAGCAGCUCGCGAGCCUGGCCCUGGCCACGCCUGCAAAGCAGGCCAACGCCAAAAGCUCCGCCGAUGGCGCCGGCGCCGGCGGCUCGGGCGCGGGCGCGGGAGCAGUAGGUUCAGGCUCUCCUUCGCAGCAGGAGCUGGCCCGGCUGCAGUCGAUAUUGCACAACGCCAUGGCAUAUCGCCACAGCGCCUUUGUGUACCUCUACAGGACGAUCUACGAGUACCAGCCAGACCACCCUCUCGUGCAGGAGCACGCGCACAAGGCCCUCCGGCACUGCGUCGAGACGGUCAGCCACAAGGGCCCCAUGGGUGCGCUGCUGUGGCCCUUGUUCGUCUCGGCCUGUGAAGCGCGGAGCGAGGCGGAUCGGGCUCUUGCCAGGAGGGCUUUCACGGAGAUUGAGCUCCGGCAGGGCAUGACGAACAUUGAGCAGGCGUGGAGGGUCGUCGCUGAGGUGUGGGCGCGGUCCGACGCCAAGAGCCACAGCAGCGGUGCAGACGACGACGGCAGCAGCAGCAGCAGCAGCGAGCAUAUCGCAAAGGAGGCGGCGGUGGCCGGGUCGGCGGCCAUGGCGGCGUGUGGUCUAAGUGCCGCCGACGGCGGUAUGGACAACUACCUCGAUGCUGGGCAGCUGUGGAGGAAGAUCAGCGCAGAGAUGGGUGUCAACAUUGUCUUUGGUUGAGGCUUCAUCGCUUCGGCUCGAUCCGUGGGAAGCGCGGGGCUGUGGUCAUCGUCAGGGGUCGCAUCGACAUCACCACAUUGUGUGGCCGACUGCGCAUGGGAGAGGGUGAUGGAUGAUGGAAUAUAAUCAAAAAAGGGGACGGUGUGGGUGACUUUUCCGACUGGGCUUAUACGGACGAUGCACAUAGUGAGGAGUUAUAUGAAGCAGGCAUGGCCUGGGAGCAGGCGAGCACUUUGGAUUUGGCAAAAAGGGGAUCAAGGGGGGCGUUAUGUAUUCAUUAAUCCGCCGAGUCGGCGAGCUUCCCAUCAUUGCGGAAGCAUGACCACAACAGACCAAGAUAUCCACAAAGACGGCUAUGAUAUGACGAAGAGCGAGCCAAAGAAAGGCGGAGGCAUGGCACGAUCUCAGGGCUGUGCGUGUAGUACAAGGUG